AUGCGUCGUCUCAAUUGUGCCGUUCUUGCGGCCCUCUUGGCUACCAGUGCCGCGAAGCCAUGUAGACACACUCCUUCAUCUGUUUCUUCACCAGUCGCAACUCAAGGAACGAGUACCAUAGACAGCAGCACGAAUAACGUCUCCACGCUUCCUACUUUGAUGAGUACUAGCUCAUCUCGCGAUGCUGUCGCAACGAUUGAUACCACAUCUUCUGUGAGCAUUUCAGACACUUUGCCGACGCCUAGCUCCGAAGCAAGUGUAGCGACGCCCAGUACCACGGAGUCCGAGUCAUCGAGCACAAUAUUUACUGAGCCGUCAAUUACUGCGUCCACGUCUUCUUCAGGGGCGAGCACCACUGAGACGAGCUCAACAAGAAAUUCUUCUGCCGAGUCUAGCUCAUCAAGUACUGUCGAUCAGUGCUUACAAGCUCUCACCUUGCGAGGUGAUGACGCAGUUGCCGAUUGUUCAGCCAGAUUGAUCACCACUGUGACACUGCCUGCUAGCACCGUCACCAAGGCAGCGACUGUGACUGAAGUGGAGAGCACUUUCGACCUUGCGCUGUUUACCGAAACGGCCACUACUACUGCUCUGACGGAGACGUUACUCUUCACAACCAGCACGACCCUCACGGCUUCCACGGAGACAGACACUGUAACAGAGCAGACUACCGUAUUUGCUACCACGACUAGUGUCUACACGGCUCCUCUAACUGUCACUACCGCGGUCUUCAACUAUGCUGGCAGCCCGGUAAAGGCUCGUGGCUUGACAGCUCGCCAGAGCGUGUCGCCAGGUCUACCAGACUAUGCGGCACCAAUUGGAGUCGAGACUUCGACCAUUACGCUCCCCGCAGCCACAGAGACGGUAACCCAAGUAGUCUCGACCACGGCGACAACGACAUGGUCCACCGAGUCCACCACGCAAACGGACAAGGUCUCCGUGACCGCCACGGUCUUGUUGACGCAGACUGAUAUACAGUCCGUCACCACAACCACCACGACGACCGAGAUGACUACCGCGACCUCGAUCGAGACGGUUCAGUCCACCAUGACCCCCACGUCCGUGGUGCUGUACUCGUGCCAGGCCACGGGUCUCAACUUUCGGGCUCGCAACCCCUUUCCCGACAGCACCACGCGCUUCAUGAACACUGUCAGUAGCAACUUGAACACUCUCAAUAGCAACUUGAUUGCCUGGCAGAAUCUUCCCUCCAACCCUUCGGCGGCUGCGCUGGCCACAUCGACCUGGGUACUAAGCGCCGGCGAGUAUUUAGGGCUGUCUAGCAAUUCCUUGGUGGCCUAUGUUAUAGCAUCUUCAACCGCGUCCUCUUUGUUGGCCAGAAUGGACACGCCGGCUGCUGUCGCGGCCGGCGUCGCGGCCGGUACCUAUGUUCAGGUGGCAGGGUGUAUCGACCAAGCCACGGGCCGCGUCAACAUGGUUGCCGACGGGAGAUCCAAUAUGCUCUCUUGUGGAAAUGCUUUGUACUUGUCGCGAGGUACAGGGACGGAUAUUAGAAGUGACUGCGUUUUGUUAUCUCCGACGGCUAUCUCUGCCUAA